CUAUCCGGCACUGAGACCGCACAGAUCUGCCGUUCAGCGUGUCAAAGGGCCACAUGCAAAUGUUUUAAUGGAAUCACCGCUCGCCGGAGAUUAUGGCUCCCAUCAUUGUCGCAUAUGACGAAUAUUUAGCAGCUCGGCUCAGACGGGGCUGGGAUUUAUGUGAUCAUGCAGUUCUGCUAGAGACGGAGGCCCUGGAAAGAGAAUUUUAAUCCCUGCGCUGCGACACCAUAAACCUGAGCACCCAACUUUUCCAGGAUCCUGAACGUAAUGGAUGCGGAGGAGGAUGAAGACACAAGAAGCCGAGAUGUGACUAUUGUCCCUGGCACCGAGCGUGGCACCGAGCGUGGCACCGAGCCGGAUCCAGACACAACAGGAUGUAUACAGAAGAUACGGAGGAUCCCUCUAGACUCAGUCCUCCAGGAGAUACAGAACAUCAUCACCUUAUCAGGACCGGCGUUCCUGUCGCAGUUGAUGAUUUUCAUGAUAAGUGUGGUGAGCGCCAUAUUUUGUGGGCAUUUGGGAAAGGUGGAGCUGGACGCCGUGUCACUGGCAAUUGCGAUGGUGAAUAUUUCCGGAAUUGCGGUGGGGGCGGGGUUGGCCGGAGCAUGUGACACAUUAAUGUCCCAAAUUUAUGGCGGCAAAAACCUGAAGAUGGUCGGUACCGUCCUGCAGAGGGGGAUCCUGAUCCUACUCCUCUUCUGUUUUCCCUGCUGGGCCCUGUUUGUUAAUACAGAACCUAUUCUACUCCUCCUCUGGCAAGACCCAGAAGUGUCCAGAUUAACCCAAAUUUAUGUCUUCAUAUUCAUUCCAGCCUUACCGGCCUCGUUUUUAUAUCAGCUUCAGGCUAAAUACCUACAGAACCAGGGAAUUAUAUUUCCUCAAGUCUUAACUGGAUUCAUAGCCAACAUCUUCAAUGCAUUAAUCAACUACAUCUUCCUGUAUAUUCUGGGCCUGGGGGUGAUGGGCUCGGCCUGCGCCAAUACCUUGUCUCAGUAUAUGCAGGCGAUCCUGUUAUUCUUCUACAUCCUGUGGAGGAAGCUUCACGUGGACACGUGGGGAGGGUGGUCGAUUGCCUGCUUUGAGAACUGGGGUUCCUUCACCCGUCUCGCCAUUCCCAGCAUGCUUAUGGUCUGUAUAGAAUGGUGGGCAUUCGAAAUCGGAAUCAUCUUGUCAGGGGUCCUCGGUGUGGAAGAUCUCGGGGCUCAAACAAUUAUUUACCAGAUGGCUAACAUUGUCUUUAUGGUGCCAUUGGGGUACAGCAUUGCAGCCAGCAUCCGAGUUGGUCACGCCCUGGGAGCAGGAGACAUUGCACAAGCCAAGAAAUCAAUGACUGUGGCCAUAUUACUGACAGAGACCUGUGCCCUGGUGUCCUCCAUUUUGCUUAUCAGCCUGAAGAACGUGAUCGGCUAUGUAUUCACUUCAGAUGAGGGUGUAGUGCAGCUGGUCAGCUAUGUUCUUCCUGUGUACGCUGGGAGUCAUCUCUUUGAUGGAUGUGUGGCCACGUGUGGUGGGGUUCUGCGUGGUACCGGAAAGCAGAAAAUCGGGGCCAUUUUUCAUGCUGUUGGCUAUUACGUCAUUGGUCUUCCUGUGGGAAUCUCCCUGAUGUUUGCAGCUAAGAUGGGAAUAAUAGGGUUCUGGCUCGGGAUCCUCCUCUGCUCUCUGCUGCAGGUCAUCACUUUCUUAGUCUUCGUUUUUAAGAUCGACUGGGAAAAGGCGUCACAAGAGGCACAGGCCAGGGCCAAGAAGAGAGUCCAUGUGACCCGAGACCAACACAACAAGGCGGCCAUUUACCAGGGUGCGGCCCUGACUGAAGUCACCGAGGAGCCCAGGACAUUGACCCCCACAGACAUAGAAGGUGACCAGAGAGCGGGGGGCCCCUUGCAGCUUGACUCCCCCCAGACUGACGUCUCCUGUAGACCUCUAUGUAGGAAGCGGCUGCUCCUGCGCAGAUCUUUGCUCCUUAUCGUCUCGGUCAUUAUACUAAUGAUCGGGAUAUUAAUAAGACUAUGUAUCUGAGCGCCGCUCUGGAGGACUGAAUGCAGCCAUCCAUGAAACACACCACAAGACAUGGUGUCCAUGAGGCAAUCACCUACCUCACUGAUGGUAAUGGCCAAGUGCGGACCCAUCCAGAAUCGCAGCGUGCCGUAAAGCAGCACAGCACCAUCCGAGCACAGGGCAGGGUUACUAAGUGUUUCAUUUACAGGAAGAUUUAUUUUUCGUGAAAAUAAAUCACUUGCCAAGUCCACUGUUUGUAUGAGGGAAGAAUCCUGGAGACUUGUAACAUCUGGUCUCAUAUGUAUGAAGCUUUAUCCCUGUAUAAUGGAAAGUUCUGCAGCUUCAUUAUAUACCAUUCUUACCAUUUCCUAGAUCUCUGCUUGCUGUCAGUAAAUGGUAUCACAUAUAUAUAUAU